AUGGGUAUCGAUUCGAAGAAAGCACCUCCACUCCCAGCCCCCACAGAAGAGUCCGAGUCGACUGUGACCCAGACAGAGCUCGCGCCCUCUGACGUCUCCAAGCCAGGCGACGACAAGUCUUCCUACUCCCUUCCAGAGGACGGCACACCCGUCACCAUCAGGACCCGCGGCCACAUGCCUGAUCGCUCUCAGACUUCCUUGCUGAUUGAGUAUUUCGAGGCUGGCAAGCCCUCCGCCUCCCCGACCAAGAGCACCGAACGCAAGCCGAGCGUGCGGGUUCGCCUCACCCCAUCCAAGAAUCGGAAGACCGACCGCAUCCAGAUAACAGAAACCAAGUCGUCUAGUGGCCGCAAGGCCUCCCUGACUCGCCGCCAGGAGCGAGCUGCUCCGCUGACCCCGACCGGCCUCAAGUCCAACGAGGCGCUGUCUGCUGUCAGCGGUGACCAGGAAGACGCAAAGAGCAUGCAUUCGUACACGUCUGCGACUGAAGAGUCCAAUGUCUCUCGCAACCCUAUCGAGGUCGAGAUCGACCGAAGUGGUCACCGGCGGCGCCGACCUGCGAGCCCACUAAUACCAAGUGCUGACAGCAAGGCUUCCUAUCAGCCAGGAAACAUGUCUGAUAUAUCAGCGAUCCCCACUGACAGCUUCCUGGAUGGUUCUGGCCCCUCAACGAGGCUUACCGAGAAGCGCAGCAAGAGUCCUUCGCGGGCGAGAGAUGUCAUUGGUGGUGCAGCUGCGGGAGUCGCCGCCGCUGCCCUAGCCGACAAGAUGCGCAGCAAAAGCCGAUCCGAGCUUAGUGAGAAGGAGAAGUCGGUCGUGUCCAAGUCCAAAGACCGGGACAGCUCAGAGCGAAGGCACAAGUCCAAGAGUCGCAAGAGCAGUGGCAGUGAACACAAGUCCGAGUCUGGCAAGUCGUCGCGGAGGAAGUCUAGCAAGCUGAACGAGGAGUCGGUCUUAUCUGGCGCGGAUUCUAGUGUGGUCUCAUCAGCCAUUUCUCACAGCCAUCGUUCAAUGGACGCCAGCUCUAUGCGUUCCGGUGCUUCGAGAUCCUCAAUCAACAACCCCAAGCUCCUAGAGACUGUCGAGGAUGCCAUCCGGCGGCUUAUCCUUCCUGAGCUCACGGCCAUCAAGAGGGAGCAGAGCAAGCGGGAAGCCCGUCGAAGCUCUGUAUCGAGUGGGACAACGGCUUCUCGAGACGAUCUUGGUAGUGAACGCCGUCAGUCAGGAUACUCAAGCAAAUCCAGAGAGAACCUCUCCAGGGGCAAAGACCGGAGAGGAAGAGAAGCUCGUCAUGACUUGGUCGAAAGCCCCGUCCCAAGCGUGGACCACGAUUCUGUCGACGAGUCGCUGCACGAAAUUUCGGAGGUAUCGCGCAGCAAUGACAAGCUGAAAGCUGCUGCCGGAGGAGCCGCCGUCGCCGCCAUGGCUGCAGCCGCCUUGAACGAGAAAUCACCGGCUAUUGCAAGGGAACAGCGCCGCCGCCGCAGAGCUGAAGCAAAGAGCCGCGCCUCUGAGAUAUACGUUGAGGAGCAUGAAAGGCUCGGUGAGCCCGCUGCACCGAUGCCGUUGUUGAGCGAGGUCAACCCCUCAGAGAUCACCCGGACAUCCAUUAUGUCUGCUGACACAGAGCGGCCCCACUCGGCCAGUGAAGAACUCACGCCAGUGCAACAAGUUGCCAGGGGAACACCAUCUAUCGAUUCAAGGUCUACUGUGACCAGCAGUCCUACACCAACAAGGACUCCAGUCUCUCUCCAGGCUCUCGGAGCCCAGCAUGCCAACAUAUCCCAUGGGGAUCUUAAGACCCUGUCUCAGAAGAGGACAGGGGGCUUCGAUGACGAGGAACAGUACGAAGACCGAGAAUAUGGACAACGAGCUCCAAUCAGCCAGGUAGAGCCUUAUGAUGACGACGAAGACGAUUAUGAUGACGGCCCUUACAACGAUUACUAUAACACCCAAGACGUGCCUCCUCCUCUGAAGUAUGUGCCAUACCAGCCUGAGCGUCGUGGUCUCAGCCCCAUACCAAGCGUUUCGGGCUAUACGGAGGGUGGAAGCGAGAUCCACAACCGCGAGUCCAGGCUCACUCACAGAACAUCUGGGUCGUUUUCGUCCCCCGACAAGUCCCUUCGUCAUGGCGCGGACUCCCCCAGUCUUUUGAGCAGAGGAUCAUACCAAGACGAUCGUAGUGUGCAGAGCUCAAGACUGGGUUACAGAAACACCACCUUCACAGACGACAGCGAACUGGACCGCGUCACAUCUGGUCAAGCAGUGCGUGCGGUCGGCGCCAACCCAGAUCUGGUGAACUCUCCGACCGGUGUCCAAUCUCACGUUGCGUCUCUAGUUGAGGGUUCGGCUUUGGACGAUUCAGUGCUCACAGGCGAAUCUGGCCGCAGUGGUCGCCAGUACGAUGCUCGUGGCUCCGAGGUCAUCAGCGAGGAAGAUGUUACAGACCAGACAGCAUUCCGUCACAAGGGCUCCCUCGAGAGUCGCCGUACAGCCGAAGAAGAGGCUGCUUCACAAGGCUCUGAACCACCACACGAAUUUGAGGAGUACGACCUCGACGAAUAUGGUCGAAAGGUUGCAAGAUCAAAGUACCGACACUCUCCAACGGCUUCGGAAGCCGCCAUCACUGGUGCUGCUGUCGGUGCUGCGGCGGCAGCCCUCCGGGCAGCUGCAAAGGGCAAGGGCAGACAGGGCACUGAACAUGAGGAGUCUACGAGCGACUUUGUGGGAGAAGGCGUCCAGCGGAACAAGUCAUUCAAGGACCGAACUAAUGAAGGCUACCUGCCAGCCAGUACCCCGACACAUAGUGUCGACCGCCUCGUUGGAGAGUAUGAGAAGGCCCACAUCGGACACAGCGGCUUGCCAGACCUCAACGAUCCAUUGCCAGAGAUAGGGUACUUCGGCCAUGACGAUGAUUCAAUCACCAACCCAUCGCGUAUGAGUGACCGAUUCAGCGCUACGCAAGAAGCUAGAAACGACCAUUGGGAGGAACGGGAACCAAUGACCCCCACACAACGAAGCGUCAAUGGAAGUCGAGGACUCCAGGAAUCUGUCAGCGGGCAGUCCUUGACCCUCGACGAGGCCGCGGGUGCCGCUGCGGUGGCAACCGCAGCUGCCAUGGCACACUCUCACAGUCGGCAGACAAGUCAGGACAUAGACGAAGAGUGGCACCGCACUUCCGAGGACCGCAAGCGAGAUACUAUCGUCACCAACCCCUAUGAGGGCACAAGUCCUCUCGCCAAUGCGCCUGGACUUGAUAUCGAUCUUGGUCAAGCGCCUCACUUCGACCCUGAUGGGUAUGUCACAGGCUAUGGUGCCCGAAGCCCAUUUGGGCCAAAGAUCGAUGAAGGCUACAUCUCACAGGGCCCUAACAGAACGCCCGAUCUUAAGGGCAAGGGCAUCGACUACAACCAGCAUCCGCCCAUGCCUGGCAACAUGGAUCCAUUCUACAACCCACAGGAUUCGAAACACAUGAGUGGUCUUUCUCAAGGCAUGGGCUCUCCUUUGUACGAUGCUGCCACGGGUGCGGGCAUUGACCGCAUCGAGUCAAACGACAUCAUCGCACUCAUGCAGCACCUCAUGGUCCGUGAUGCUCAACGCAGCGCACGUGAUACUGAGAUCUUGGUCACUCUGGUCCGUACCGCUGCUGAGAUGCGGAAUUCGUUUGAUGACAUUAAGAAGAUGCUCGCGGACACCGAAGAUGUCAUCAUCACAGAGGUCAAGGACAACACCGACAAGACCGUGCAGCGCCACCUCGGCGGUCCACGGCCGUUCCCAGGCAGCGCGGCGCGGUCGGUCCAAGGCUCACAAGCUGGCACGGAUAAUGAGAAAAAGACACGAAACCUUUGGCGAAGGGCACUUAAGGGACUCGGCGCCAAAGGUACGAACGACCUAACUAGGAUCGAAGACAUGCUGAUGCAGCUGCUUGGAGAGGUUGAUGUCUUGAAAUCGCAGACUGCUCCCGGCGGUAUCAGCCAUGACAGCGGCCCAUCCCUCGACAACAUCCAGCCAGCGGUUCAGUAUGAGCAAGAUCGUGGCUAUGAGCCUGAGGGUCAUGCAGGUACUUCGACUGCAAGCUACGGCAGUCAGUCUGGCCAUCUUUCCAUCCCCCGAAAUGCCUCGUAUGGCUACGAGCGAAAGGUAUCGGGUCACCGGAUUAGUACCGUGCCGGAGGGAGACGAGGACGAUUUCAACGAGGACUCCAAUGUCGUGGUUCAUAACCACAGCAACACAGACAUGCUCAGUCCGGAUCAAGAGCCCGAACGCGGCAGCUCCGUCCCCUUUGGGGACUCCUCCGCAGUUGCCACCAGGUGCCCAAGCGUCACUGAGCAACGAGAACACUCCUCGCACCGAGAAUCGGAAGAAGCACAAGUCGAGCGUGUUGGCAAGGCUUUCAGAAAAUCCAAGGAGACGGAAGCCAGUUCACUGCGUGGAGGACCCUCUCGCUCAGGUUCCGACUUUGCAAUAUACGAGAACUACCCAGUGACGGAUCCCUACGGCGACGACCAUCUCCCCUCUGGUUACUCGGAGACGAACCUAAAUGGAAACCAACGGCACGAUCCCAACCAGAUUGAGCCCGAAAUGCAAUUCACCAUGGCCGGUGUGAGUCGUACUCCGGUCCCAACUUCACAGAGCCCUGUGCAGCCUCAGACCGUACAACCUUUUCCUGUGAACUACUCAACGCCAGAGGAUCCCAAAUACAAGGCUCACCGCAACUCACUGAACUUGCAGCACCCACAACCGCGCCCAGGCCAGACCGAACAGUUCCGGAAUGCCCUUGAGAGCUCCGCCCAGGAUUUCGACACUCCCAUGUCACCCAAGUCUGCAGACUUUGGCUCGGUCACUAGUCUGGGCCGUUAUGCAGGGCACCAGCCAAGAUACAGCAAUGGGUCUGCCACUGGUGAGCAGGGCCAGUACACAUGGACGGGCAACUCGCCUGCCCAGUCAGGACCGCCGCGACCGCCGAAGGAGCCCUUGGAAGAGCCUGGACCGCGAACUACGACCCCAACCAGGAGUCGGAUCUCAACACUGGGAUACAAGCCUUCCGGUAGCCCCAAGCCAGAGAAUCGCAACCUGCAGAACGUCCUUGGUGCGCCUGGCCGGAGACCCAGUGGGCCUCGUGCAAUGGGCACGAAGAGCCCCGCUCCGGCUGGAGAUGAGGAGAGGAGGAGGAAGAGAGAUACAUUCGGUUCUGUCGUGUCACAGGAGUCAGAUACCUUUUAG